CCGUCAACAUGGUAAGUGACGCCCAGUAAGAUCCUCCAUUUAACAACAAGCUGCUCCCAGCGCAGAUCCUCUUUAGCGUCGACUGGCUGUUCAUCUGCGCUGCACCAUGGACAGAAACAUGCGCCGUCAUGAUUCAAGCUUUUCUUUUCACGUAUUUGACCACCCGGUGUCACGGGCUUUCCAGAACCGUUUCUCCACUCAGUACCGCUGCUACUCCGUGUCCAUGCUGGCGGGUCCAAACGACCGCUCUGAUGUGGAGAAAGGAGGGAAAAUAAUAAUGCCACCCUCUGCUCUUGACCAACUCAGCAGGCUUAACAUCACCUAUCCAAUGUUGUUCAAGUUAACCAACAAGAACUCGGAUAGGAUGACACAUUGUGGUGUUCUGGAGUUUGUCGCGGAUGAGGGAAUUUGCUACCUUCCACACUGGAUGAUGCAGAAUCUCCUUCUGGAAGAAGGGGGUUUAGUCCAAGUAGAAAGUGUCAACCUUAUGGUCGCCACGUACUCCAAAUUUCAACCACAGAGCCCAGACUUCCUUGACAUUACAAACCCAAAAGCAGUGUUGGAAAAUGCUUUGAGAAACUUUGCUUGUUUGACAACAGGAGAUGUCAUUGCUAUUAACUACAAUGAAAAGAUCUAUGAACUGCGAGUAAUGGAGACCAAGCCAGAUAAAGCAGUAUCGAUCAUUGAGUGUGAUAUGAAUGUGGAUUUUGAUGCUCCAUUGGGCUACAAAGAACCUGAAAGAAGGCCUCAGCACCAAGAAGAACCCACCGAGGAAGAAGGAGACCCAAGCAAUUAUGCUGACAUGGAUAUGGGAUUCAGAGCGUUUACUGGCUCCGGUAAUCGCUUGGAUGGCAAGAAGAAAGGCAUUGAGCCUAGCCCUGCCCCGAUUGACCCAAGUGACAUAAAAAGAGGGAUCCCAAACUAUGAAUUCAAAGUCGGCCGGAUCACCUUCAUCAGAAACUCAAGGCCUCUGCCCAGGAAAAUUAUAGACGACGAUGAUGCCAUGAGCAGAUUCAUCGCCUUCUCUGGUGAGGGACAGUCACUACGCAAGAAAGGCAGAAAGCCUUGAAGGUUUCAACUGAAGUGAAGAGACUAAACGUCUGCAUACAGAUCCACCAUAUCCACCAAAUCCUCUAAAACCCACCCUAACACAAUAAAAAAUGGACCCUGGAAAGACUGGCAAAAAGAUGUUACAUCCCUUUGGAAAUUGCAGUUCUGUUGGGGCUGGAUUCAAUUAAUUCUCCGAUAAUGUUACAUUCACCAAACAUGAUGUGAAUGUAAGCAGUAAAAAUUAAUGCUAUAGUAGUAAUUUGGUGUAUUUGUCCGAAGUCCAGGGUUACUGUUAUGAUACUGCCCUCCCACACAAAACAAUAAACUUGUCGAUCAACUUUGUUUGAACACCA